AUGCCUUUUGGUUUGAAAUAUGCGGGAGUUACAUACCAACGCCUCAUGGAUAAAAAAUUUUCAAGCCAAGUUGGAAGGAAUAGGGAAGUAUAUGUGGAUGAUAUGAUUGUUAAGUCCGCCAAGUCCAGUGACCACGUCGAUGAUCUUAAGGAAGCAUUUGCUCAACUAAGAAAAUAUCGAAUGAAGUUAAAUCCCGAGAAAUGUUCAUUUGGGAUUCAAGGGGGAAAGUUUUUGGGAUUCAUGAUAACAUCAAGGGGGAUAGAAGUAAAUCCAGAUAAAGGCAAGGAGAUCUUGGAAAUGAAAAGCCCAACAAAUGUCAAGGAAGUACAACGAUUAACAGGACGCAUGGCAGCCUUAGCGCGUUUCUUGCCAAUGGCGGGCGACAAAGCAGCUCCGUUCUUCACUUGUUUGAAACAGAACUCGAAGUUUCAAUGGACCGAGGCAUGUGAACAAGCUUUUACUAAAUUGAAAGAAUCAUUAGCAACGUUCUUGGUACUAUCCAAGCCCACACCAGGCGUUCCUUUGACGCUCUACUUGACAGUCACGAAUAGGGCGGUCAGUACGGUGUUGCUUCAGGAAGAAGGGAAAAAGCAGAAGGUACUCCAGAAACCCGAUCUGUCAGGGCGAUUGGUCAGCUGGUCAGUCGAGUUGUCUGAAUAUGAUAUACAGUAUGAGCCAAGGGGACAAGUUACAAUCCAAAUCUUGAUUGACUUUGUGGCGGAAUUAACACCCACAGAAGGCGAGAAAACUCAGGGAGAGUGGGUCCUGUCUGUUGAUGGAUCCUCCAACGACACGGGAAGUGGGGCAGGAAUAACUAUUGAAAGCCCGGAUAAGAUGGUCAUCGAACAAUCUUUGAAAUUCGAGUUUAAGGCGAGCAACAACCAAUCAGAAUACGAGGCGCUAAUCGCCGGAUUAAGGCUCGCCAUUGAAUUAGGCGUUCAUAAAUUAUUCAUCAAAGACGACUCGCAGCUGGUUGUUAAGCAGGUAAAAGGCGAGUAUCAAGUGAAGGAUCCACAACUUUCUGAAUACUUGGAAGUGGUACAUAGAUUAAUGAUGGAGAUAGAAAAGAUCAGGAUAGAACAUGUUCCAAGAAGUCAAAAUGAAAGGGCUGACGUGCUAGCAAAAUUGGCCAGUACGGGGCGAUUUGGCCAUUAUCAAACAGUCAUCCAGGAAACCCUUCCUCGCCCCAGUAUUGACUUGGUGGAAGUUAAGUUAAACGCAGUAAAGUCAGUGAUUGAAGGCGAGCCUUCGUGGAUGGAGUCGAUCAAGACUUUCCUCAAAAACCCUUUGAAGGAUGAUGAUCUGAACACAAAAGAAAAGCGUAGGGAGGCUAGUUUUUACACGCUGGUAGACGGUGAGCUAUAUCGGUGGGGAAUUAUGUCUCAUAUGCUCAAAUGUGUUGACACAAGAGAUGCCCUGGGAAUCAUGGCGGAAGUUCACGAAGGAGUAUGCUCUAGCCACAUAGGUGGGCGAUCAUUGGCAGUAAAGGUAUUGAGGGCAGGAUUUUACUGGCCGACGAUGAAGAAGGACUGCCUGGAAUACGUCAAGAAGUUUGGGGUCCCCAUGGCUUUGGUAAUGGACAAUGGGACUCAAUUCACAAGCAAUGUCACCAGAGAAUUUUGUGCGGAGAUGGGAAUUGAAAUGCGAUUUGCAUCAAUGGAACAUCCACAGACUAACGGACAGGCAGAAUCAGCCAACAAAGUUAUUUUGAAGGGCUUAAAGAAAAAAUUGGAUGAGGCAAAAGGUCUUUGGGCGGAGGAGCUCCCAGGUGUCCUAUGGGCAUAUAACACGACUGAACAGACAAGCACGAAGGAAACCCCAUAUCGUCUAACUUAUGGAACUGAUGUCAUGCUCCCUGUGGAAGUUGAGAACCAAAGUUGGCGAGUAUCCCGAUUUAAUGAGGACGACAAUGGGGAAAAUUUGAUAGCAAAUUUAAUCAUGCUGCCUGAGGAACAACGGGAGGCACACUUAAGGAAUGAGGCGGGAAAGGUGAAGGUUGCAAGGAAGUUUGCAACAAAAGUGGUCCCAAGAACUAUGAGGGUAGGAGACUUGGUGCUUCGAAAAGAAGACUAUACCUGA